AUGGACCUUUCGGCUCUCUCGUCCUCUGAACAGUUGCAAAUGCAGCGCCUCAUUGAGCAAAAGCAGCUCAAGGACUUUAUGCGUCUGUACUCGGGUCUGGUGGAGCGCUGCUUCGGUAGCUGUAUCCACGACUUUACGUCGCGCGCCAUUACGUCCAAAGAGUCCGAAUGCGUGUCGCAUUGCACACAAAAGUUCCUGAAGCACUCCGAGCGUGUUGGUGCUCGCUUUGCUGAGGAGAAUGCUAGGCUCAUGGGCCAGCAGCCUCAGUAA